CCUGCCCCGCCGCCGCCGCCGUCGCCGUCCAGCCCAGCCCAGCCCGUCGGGGAGGCGAUGGGGAGCGUGCUGGACCGCCCCCGCCCGCUUUUUAGAUGCCUCUUGAUGUUCAAUGGUAGCCCUGGGCCGUAGCAGAUCUGCCAGGUGUCCUCCGCGUCUGCGUCUGAGGGUGCGAAAAGCGCUGGGCUCCCCGCUGCCCUCCCACCGAGGCCCGGUCCAGGAGUUUGGCUCCGCCCCGGCAGGAAACUGGCGUCCCACAGCUUCGGAGCGCCCAUGGCAGCGAUGUCAUCCUUCCCCCCGCAGAGAUAUCACUACUUUUUAGUGCUGGACUUUGAGGCCACGUGCGACAAGCCGCAGAUUCAUCCUCAGGAAAUCAUUGAAUUCCCCAUCCUGAAGCUGAACGGCCGGACAAUGGAGAUCGAGUCCACCUUUCACAUGUAUGUGCAGCCGGUGGUUCACCCUCAACUUACCCCCUUCUGUACAGAGCUCACCGGCAUCGUCCAGGGCACGGUGGACGGCCAGCCGAGCCUACAGCAAGUACUCCAGAGGGUCGACGAGUGGAUGGCGAAGGAAGGCCUCUUAGAUCCCAGCGUCAAGUCAAUUUUUGUCACCUGCGGAGAUUGGGACUUGAAAGUAAUGCUGCCAGGCCAGUGCCUGUACUUAGGGUUGCCGGUGGCCGACUACUUCAAACAGUGGAUCAACCUGAAAAAGGCCUACAGCUUUGCCAUGGGAAGUUGGCCCAAGAACGGACUGCUAGACAUGAACAAAGGACUGAACCUUCAGCACAUAGGGAGGCCUCACAGUGGCAUAGAUGACUGCAAGAACAUCGCCAACAUCAUGAAGACGCUGGCACAGCGAGGUUUCAUCUUCAAGCAGACCUCCAAGCCCUUUUGAUCGGUGGCCGGGCCGGCCCAGCCGGCCAAGCCCGCACGCGGCCGCAGCCCCCCACCCCGGGCCCGGGCCCCGGCCGGCCGCCGCCGCCACCAUGGGCACCGCCCCGCCCAGCCGCGGCCAGGGGGAAGGCUGCGGCCAGGGGGAGGGGGGCCGACCGCCUCCCGUGCGGGGCUUUGCCAACCAGGCCCCCCUCCCUCCCAUCCCACCCGGUCUCGGCUCCAGUGUGGAGGGGCUGGAAGCCGGGAGUCCGGGGCUUUAGGGCCGGGGCUCCAGGGUGGCGAGGCGGGGGCACAAGAGGGGACGCCUGAGAGCCGGGGAAGCCCUGGGCGGCUGAGGCCACAGGCCCGGCCCCCAGGGGCCCCUCCGUCCCCUCCUGGUCUGUCCCCGGUCUCGGCCAGGAACUCGGCCACCCCCGCCCCUCCCCCCCGCCACCCCCCGUCCCCCGACUCUUGAGCGCCUGCGGCCCCCAACCCCAGGCUCGCCCCCGCCCAACCCAGCCGGCUCCAAGUAUUAGCUCUCCCGGGGAAGGCCGCCCCGUCCGCCUCCUACCUUGGGCCCCGCAGCCGGGAGACCGUGGCCGCGGGGCCGGCGGACGAGGGCCCAGAGGCGAGGCACGGCCCCCAGGGCGCCGGGCGGGGGCCCCGGAGCACAGAGCCGAGAUCUCCGGCCCUGCUCCCCCGGGGCCUGGGGCAGAGGCUGCCCCGAGGCAGGAGCCCCCGGGCCCCACCCCCUCCGUCCU